CUCGUGCAAGAAGAAAAGCCGAUGUUGAUGAUGAUGCUAUUCUCAAUGUUCAUAAGGAUAAUAAUUUUGAUGCGAAUGGUACUAAUGUCAAUGAUGGUAGUCGUGAUGACGGCAAUCCUAUAGAUACUGCUAUUGAGGGUGACGAUGAUGCUCAGCAAAAUGAAGAUCUCAACAGUUCAACAUUCAGUCAGAAGAAAUCUGUGUUUAAUAUUGAUUAUGGCAUGCUGUAUGAAAAAGCAGGUGAAAACAAUUACUUUAUGGUUCAUUCCGCAUUUCUGAAACAAGUUUUUAAUGCUGUCGGUUGUCCAACAUGUUCGAAGAUAGGUCUUCAAUUUGAAGACUUGGAAAACAAACGCCAGGGACUAAAUAAUUAUUUUCAUGUAUAUUGUUCCAAUUGUGAAUCAGACAUAUUUUCUAGUAUUCCUACAUCAGUUUGUACAUCAAACAUGAGCAACCCAGAUGUAAAUUCUCGAAUGGUACUUGCAAUGAGAAACAUUGGUGUUGGCUAUGCUGGAAUGCAGGAUUUCUGUAGGACUUUCAAUAUGAAAGGUUUAGCUGUGAAUACAUAUACAAAGUAUGUAAAGAAAUUAAAAGAUACUUGUGAAGCUGUAGUAAAAAGAACACUCAAUAAAGCAGCUCAACAUGUACGGAGUGUAUAUGAAGCAAAAUUUCCUGAAUUGAAAGAUCAGCGUAUAAUUGACGUUGCUGUUACAUACGACGGAACAUGGCAUAGACGAGGCCGCACAUCCCAUUACAGUACCGGCCAGUUUUAUUGCAAAAAUCCCAACGCGUUUUACCC